AAUCCACUGGUGCUUGGGAAAUGGAAUAGCUAGGAGCUAUUUCUGCGGUAACACAGAGCCAGCCAGAGCAGCAAUGGCUCAUUCUGUUGUCUGCUGAAUAUGCUGAUCUUAAUUGCGAUAGCACAAAGGAGUAUGAAAUGCCCUAAUGCCCUUGCUGUAUGUGUGUGGCCCUCUCCGGGAUGCGAGCAGCAGAGGCUGCCCUUUACCUCAGGGCUGCUGCAGUCAUCAGCGGUUAAUUGCCUUUCUUCUUUGGACCUCAGUAUAUGUUUUUUAGCAUGGAUGCCUUCGGUGGGGCGGGGGGGGAAGGUUUGCAGGUUUGGGGUUGAGGAAUACUGCUGGCAAAACCGUGAGUGAAUCCUCUGAGGAGGAGAGUGAGGCUAAGCAGUAUGCUGGCUUCUGUCCUGGCAUAUCUGUAGGAGGUGGUAGCCAUUCUGCCUCUGUCAGCUAGGUCUUCUCCCAUGCCACAUGUGUACUGGCAAGGAAAUGACGAAGAAAAGGCCUGUGUGGCCAAAACCCACACCAGAAAAUUGGCAACUCGGCAAUGGGCGAGUACAUAGAUUCCUCAUGCCAGAAAUGGGAGGGGCAAGAGUAAACCAGUGCCUGAGGCUUCAUGGAGGAACAUCAGAGCAAUGCUGAUGGCCACCAGCUGCUAAAGCUAGCAGCACCAGCCUGAUGUAUCUCCCCAUCAUUUCUUGGAGCAUGCACACACGGAGAAAUUCUUCAGUGUGUUGAGGAGGAGGGUAUGAUCUCAACACUGACAGCAGCUACGCAAUUUCUGCUAGAGCAUCUUCCUCUGGAGGGAACUGGGUGACAUGCAUGCUUGUGAGAAAUCGGGUCCUUUUGCACUUCCCUCUCCCUUCUGAAGAAGGUCAGUGGUGGGAAAGUGGACACUGUUAUCCCAUGUGCCACUGGUGCCUUGCGUGCUUGGACUCUGAGUCCCAUCCUGAGCUGAGUUCUUAGGCACUAACACUGAAUAACCUUGGUCACGUCGUGAAAGUGCAGCGUGUGUGGUUCCUCACCUCCAAAAUAGUUCUCAUAUGCUGCCUUAAAGGCCGCUCCAGAAAGCUCAUGGGGUUUAACGCGUGACCUUACCCAUCUUUCCUGUCUCACCUCGGGGUGUUGGGUGUUUCAGAGCUGCAAAAAUGCAACUCGGAGGCAAGGCCAAGUCUGUUGCUGUGCUGGAUCUCAUCCAAAGUGUCCAAGAGGUGCCGUGUGUGGAGCACAAAGUGUUUCUUGUUAUGGUUUGGGAAUUACGUGCUCUAGAGCUGUUCUGCGGUUGGGUUUGAGAGAGAUGUAGGAGGGAAGGAGAAAGAAGUUCUGUUUGGAGUGGUGUACCACACCAAGGGGACUGCAGCUCAAAGCUGGAGGACAGCGUGUGACACUCGGUCUGGGUUGUACAGCAGCUUUCCCUUCUCUCCGGGACGUCGUGCCUGCGGGCAGAAGGUGACUUGCACUUCCCCACCCCAGGAGUUUGCUCUGGAGCUGGGAUAGCCACUGUAAAGGAAAUGUACAGUCUGUGUGUUUGUGAAAACUGUGGGUUGGGUUGCCCUUCGCAGCCUGUAGACAGCCUGGCAUGGUAGUUGGAUAGUGCUGGAUUACCUUAUUGUAAUCCUGAUGGGAUGUUAAAAGUGACCUCAAUAGCACUUCGGUGUUUGUUACUUUGCUGCCAGGUGAUUUAGAAGAAUCUCUCUUUUAGUUUGCUGUUUCCUUGGCCCUAAUAACUUCUGAGCCUUUCUCAAGUGUCAGCCGAAAUCUCCAAUGGCCUCUUCCAUGCUCUGAAAGCUUCCAGUUCCUGCUGGAAGUUGUGUUUUCACAUGGGGGAAAAAAAAAAAAAAAAGCAUAUGGAAAAACUGAGAACAGAACUGUUAAAUCCUAUACAGCAUUAACCAUCAGGAUUGUUCACUGCACUAUUGAUUUCUCCAUUUGAUUGAUUAAAGUUUUAUUUUGUAAUGUAAAUUACUGACUCAGCCCUAGCCUGCUGUCUUUGUUAUGCACAGGGUGUGCAGUCAGGCUACCCCAGGAUAUAUUGGAUCAAGGAUAUGAGCUCCCACACGCAAGUUAGCUUGUUAAGUGUUUGCCAGACACAUCACAGUUCAUAUCAGACUGGCUUAAAACUCUUGUUUGCUGCUUCCCCUUGUUUUCAAGAUGGAUUUGAGCAUUUUUGUUGUUUGGGUGUUUUUUCCCCCCUAGCUGCUCACAAACAAGCUCCAGCUGUUCAGGAGGAGGCCGCUUCCAAAUAUAAGGAGCCUGAGGCUGGGGGACCCUAAGCUCUGGUCUUCUGCUGCUGUUCCUUCCUCCUUUUCCUCCUGGCUGCCCCCUGCCAGCAGCCCAUCAGCCAAAGAUCUUCAUCCCUGCUAUCGACGAUGUCUGGUUCAGUAGAUGACGUGCCCUGCAUGAACUUUGAAGCCAACAUAUUUGCAAAGAGCCUGUGCCAGCAUUGUUUCCGAGCCGCAGGGGCUCACCAGCAUGCUAUCCAGGAGCAUGCCGUGGAGGUCGCAGGGCGUGAUGGCGGCAGCGACGCAGACCCAGGCGGGCCCUGGGAUGCUCUCCGUAUUUUAGCCCCGCAGUGCGAGGUAUACGUGUGCGUGGGCCCAGCGGAGGGGACGGAGCGCUGGCACGAGAGCAGGGGAUAUCCCCCACUCAGCCCCGGAGCUGAGGGUGAGCACAGAGAAACCGGCACCGACCCCGGCGCCUGUGCCGAAGCCAGCUCUACGCUUGCCAGGCCCACAAAAGCCACCAGUCCCCAUUGCAGAGAUCUGCCCUAUCUUGUCUCCCAGGACGGGGAAAUGACCCGGUUGUGGGACAACACUUUGGGAUCAGGCAAACGGGACAUGAUGAGCUACACAGGCCACAAGGAGGAGAUGUGGCCACGAGCCCUGCAGGCAGACAGACCCAGGUGGGCUCAGCCCGUUCCCUCUGGAUCCUGGGUGAGAACCGAGCCCCAGGGCUUUAGGAAAGAAAUCUGCCCGCUGAAAGCAGACCGCCGUCCCACCAGCCAGAAGCCCGAGGAGAGCUGGCCGAAGCACCGGAAAAACGACCCUCCCUGGGCGCCCACCCCGCCACGUGCCACCACCGGCUCCUCGCUGGCCCGCGGUGACCCGUUGGCCGGCGGCGGGCACCUCGCCGGCUCCCGGGUUCGGGAGCCCCGUGGGCACCCCGGUGGCGGGGGCACGGAGGGGCGGCACGGGCUGGAGAGGCAGGAGUACACGGUGCUGGCAGACCUGCCCAAGCCCAAGCGCCUCGGCCAGCGGGAUGCUGUCGACCGCUGUGGCUCCCGCACGCUCAGCCCCGGCCGGGUGGAGGUGGAGAGGAUAUUUGGCUGCGAACGCAGGAAAUCGGAGACCCUGGAGGCCUUCCAGGCCUUGGAGGAGGGCCGCGUGGACCGGCUCGAUGGCAAGACCCCGGUGCCACCCAGCAAAGGCCACCUAGUUCGGAGGCAGUCCAGCCCCAGCCUGCCCAGGGAGGGUCAGCGGCUCUCUUGGCACCUUGAGCAGCGCAGCAGAGACCCCAAGGAGCCCCUCCAUUCCCCCAGCCUGGCUCGGCACCCCGAGAAGUCCAGCAGGAACCGGGGAGAUCCCCAGCGCCCUGCCAGCCCCGGCUGGCUGCUGGAGAAAGGCAGCCGGAGCCCACGCUCCACAAGUCCGUCCCGCCGGUCAGAGAGGAGGGCAGGGGAGCCCACGAGCCCUCCCUGGCGCUCGGAAAAAAGCUGGAGGAGCCGAGGGGAGCCUGGCCGCCCCCCAAACUCGGAGAGGGGUCGAGCCACCUGGCAGGCUGGGGAUACGGGGCAAGCCCCAGAAAGGAAGAACCGAGGGGACUCCCUGCACCCCCCGGGCCUUGGGAAGGGCUCGGAUAACAGCAGGCUGAGCCGGCUAGGGCCACCGCCACGGUCCCUCAGUCCCGGGAGAUGUACGGAGAGCACGUGGAAAAGCCAGAAGGAGAUCUCCCCUCCCGGCCCGGUGCAGGGGGCAGAGAGGCAACGGGUGAAGCCGGCGAAGCCGCUGCACCUCGGGGGGCCCGGGAAGCCAUCCGAAUGCGGCUGGCAGAGCCUCCAGGAAAAGCUGCAGCCCUCCCGCCCCGGGAAGGGCACCGGCAAUGACUGGAAAGGUCGAGGCAAGCCCCUGCGCCCUGCGAGCCCAACACGACCACUGGAGCAGGACUGCAGGGGUCGGGGGGAUGCCCACCGAGCACAGGCGUGGGAAAAGAACUGGAAGCGCCAAGAGAAGCCCGUGUGCCAUGCGGACUUGAUGCGCCAGCUGGAAAGGGACUGGAAAAGCCCCACUAGAUGUCUGGACGUAGGGCUACGGCCCAAUGACAGCUGGAAAAGGCCUGAGAGUCCGGCACAGCGGCUGGAGGAUGAGUGGAAGGGUCCCGAGCACGCUCGAGACACAAACAAUCCAGAGAAGCCAUUGGAAAGCGACUGGGGGAACAAGAGGCUUCUCAUUUACCAUCCCCAGCUGGAUGGAGGCACCUUCCCACCGCAGAGCAGCACCGGCUCCUCAGGAAGCCCGCAGCCACGUUCGAAUGCCAGUGAGAAGCGCAAUAAGCCGGAUCUCCUCAAUUUCAAGAAGGGAUGGAUGUCCAUUCUGGAUGAGCCGGGAGAGUGGAAGAAACAUUGGUUCGUGCUGACCGACUCGAGCCUGAGGUAUUACCGGGACUCGAAUGCGGAGGAGGCUGAUGACCUCGACGGAGAAAUCGACCUCCGCUCCUGCACGGAUGUGACGGAGUUUGCGGUGCAGCGCAACUAUGGCUUCCAGAUACACACGAAGGAUGCCGUCUUCACCUUGUCGGCGAUGACCUCGGGCAUCCGGCGCAACUGGAUCGAAGCCCUGAAGAAGAACGUGCGGCCGGUCAGCGCUCCGGACGUCACCAAGCUCUCUGACUGCGAUAAGGAGAACUCCUUCCGUAACUGCGUCGCCCAGAAGGGCUCACUCCGGACAGAGGAGCAGCAGCGGCCGGGCUUGGGCUCCGAGGGGAACUCGAAGGGUGGUCACUGGAAGGCGGACGGGCAGCGCCAUGCCUUUGACUACGUGGAGCUGUCUCCCUUGCCGCAGGACCCUGGGAAUCACGGGUCCCUGCAGAGGACGAGAGGGAGUUUGAGGAUCUCCGACCGAACUCCCAAGCAUGAGGAGCUGGAGCGGGAUCUGGCCGUCCGUUCAGAGGAGAGGCGAAAAUGGUUUGAGACCCCCGACGGCAGGGUCCCAAACAGCGAUGGCCCAGCAGGAGACUCUUCCCGCAAGGUGGGGGAGCAGGACCUGCCUGCUCCCCCGCUUUCAGAGGACCAGCGGGUUCGGCUGAAUGAGGAGAUAGAGAAGAAGUGGUUGGAGCUGGAACGCCUUCCCUUGAAAGACUCGCGGCGGGUGCCCUUGACGGCACUGCUGAACCAGAGCAAGGGGGGCCAUGGAGACACCAACGAGGCGCUGAAAAAGGAGGUCCAGUCACUGCGGGCGCAGCUGGAGUCCUGCCGGGCCCGAAACGAGAGCCUUCGGGAGGCAGCGAAAUCCCAGGGAGACGGCCACGUGCCCCGGGGGUACAUCUCACAGGAGGCCUGCGAGCGCAGCCUGGCUGAGAUGGAGUCGUCCCACCAGCAAGUGAUGGAGGAGCUCCAGAGGCACCACCAGCGGGAGCUGGAGCGGCUGCGGCAGGAGAAGGAGCGGCUCCUCGCAGAGGAGGCGGCGGCGACAGCAGCAGCCAUCGAGGCGCUGAAGAAAGCCCACCGGGAGGAGAUGAACAAGGAGCUGGGCAGGACGCGAAGCUUCCAGCAAUGCAGCUCGGUCUCAGAUGCCCUCCAGAAGCAGCACCAGUUGGACGUGGAUUCCCUGAAGCGGGAGCUGCAAGUGCUUUCUGAGCAGUAUUCCCAAAAGUGCCUGGAAAUCGGGGAGCUCACCCAGAAAGCAGAGGAGCGGGAGCAGACACUGCAGCGCUGUCAGCAGGAGGGGAAGGAGCUCCUCCGGAAAAACCAGGAGCUGCAGACCCGCCUCUCGGAUGAGAUCGGGAAGCUGCGAAGCUUUAUUUCGUCACGAAGCUCUGGGGACCGCUCUCCGCACAACAACGAGCGGAGCUCCUGCGAGCUGGAGGUGCUGCUGCGGGUGAAGGAGAACGAGCUCCAGUACCUAAAGAAAGAGGUGCAGUGCCUCCGGGAGGAGCUGCAGAUGAUGCAAAAGGAUAAGAGAUUUGCCUCAGGGAAAUACCAAGAUGUCUAUGCAGAGCUGAAUCACAUUAAGGUGCGCUCGGAACGAGAGAUCGAGCAGCUGAAGGAGCACCUGCGGCUGGCCAUGGCGGCUCUGCAGGAGAAGGAGUCACUGUGCAACAGCAUCGGCGAGUAACGGUCUGCUCUUCGUUUGUUUAUCUGUUCUCGGUUUGUAUUUGCUCCAUUCCUCACUUGCGGGGAGGGGGAGGUUGAAUCCCAUCUGUUAUUGCCUUGGCGAGGAAUUCCACACCCCCUCAACCUCCUCGAUCCCCUCCCAAAGCUUUUUUGAUGAACCCCUUUUGCCUGCGUACCUGAGCACGUUGUUUGGACUGGCUCCUUACAUGCACCUUCUCCAGGAUUUUAUAUGUGAAAAUUAUAUUUUGUAGAGGAAUUUUUUCCCCCUGGGAAGAAGGGGAAGAGGAGGGGGAGAACUUUUACUACAUCACCAGCAUUUUCUAACCUGAAAAAGAGAAUCUGGUUUUCCCCCCCUCCCCAGCCCCGUUGCUCCCAGCCACACAGCCACCUUCGGCACAUAUUCCCUCUCUUCCAAAUGUCUCCGUGGCCCCGCUGGGAUGCACGGCAAGGACCACGCUCCCCCUCCCGUGCCACCCCCGGGGACCUGCAGAGAAGACAUGCAAGCCAUAGGAGGGAGCCGCCGGGGCAGUCUGCCCUGGACGUGCUUGCCUGGGACUUUUGAAAGAGGAGACCUUGGCAAGAGUCCGCAUGAUCGAGCUCUCUCCGUGACUGUCCUUUGGCUCCUUCAAGAACCCAAAUUGGCAGGAGCCCAGAGCCACGGGGCUUCUCCUUUCUGGGGAAGAGGAGCUGUGAGGCUGCUAUUGCACCCGCCAGAGCCAACUUCCCCCAAGGUGGCAGCUGCUGCUGCUCUGCUGUGCCCUUCAACUUUUAACUUAAUAAAAUCUUCCCCUUUC